AUGGAAGAAAGUUCGGUGUUGUGGAUGCUAUCCCUAGUAAUGCUAAUUGGAUCCUGUAUUUCUGGAUCAUUGCCGUUGGUCAUGAACUUAUCCGAGGACAAAUUACAACUGGUUUCGGUACUUGGUGCUGGACUUCUUGUUGGCACCGCAUUAGCUGUGAUAAUACCUGAAGGUAUAAGAGCAUUGUUUACUGGUGGAAGCAGUAGUGGUCAAGAAUUUCACAAUGAUCCUCACUCCUUAAUAGGCAUUAGUUUAAUACUUGGUUUUGUAUUUAUGCUUCUGGUUGAUCACUGCUCGGCUAGGAGAAGUGGAGGAAGGGAGAGAAGCGUUACCGCUACUUUGGGUCUUGUAGUUCAUGCAGCAGCUGACGGAGUAGCAUUAGGAGCUGCUGCAACUACAUCACAGGCUGAUGUAGAAUUAAUUGUGUUUUUAGCAAUAAUGCUGCAUAAGGCUCCAGCUGCAUUUGGUCUGGUAUCAUUUUUACUUCAUGAAGGUGUAGAUAGAAAACGAAUAAGUAGACACCUUCUGGUAUUUUCGUUUGCUGCACCUUGCCUUGCCCUUCUAACGUAUUUCGGUAUCGGAAAGGAAGGAAAAGAGACCCUCAGUAAUGUCAAUGCAACUGGCUUGGCAAUGUUGUUUAGUGCAGGUACAUUCCUAUAUGUUGCAACUGUGCACGUUUUACCAGAAUUAAUGACAAGAAACAAUAAAUAUACUCAUCUACCAACUGCUGACAAUGUGACAGUGUCUUCUGGGCUCAAAGUUAAAGAAAUACUAGUUUUAGUAUUAGGUUCAUUUUUACCUGCAUUGAUUACGACUGGUCAUCACCAUUGA